AUGUCAGAGCCACGCCACUCGCACGACGGCUUCGAGAACAAUGGCCAGAUCAACAUGCGGAAACGAAGGCGCACGGCCGUCGCAUGCAAGAACUGCAGCGCCCGGAAAUCAAGAUGCGACGGCGGGCAGCCGAAGUGCUCGACCUGCACCGAUACGAAUGCUGAUUGCGUCUAUCCGCGUCCGGCGCGAGCUUCCCAGUCGCGCCCAGCAAUAUCCGAUGUCGAGUUGCACUCCCGGCUGGAAACCAUGGAAGAGAGUCUGAAGCAGCUUCAAGGAAUGCUGCCAAACUUAGGAAGAAUGGUCCCUCCGUGCGAGCCCCGUGCCUCUUCCGCCUCAGACGUGGCAAGCACAAGUCACCAUACCACGGAAAGCAGCCAUACAUCAGCAAGUCCAGCCGAGGACCCUGUCGAUGGAAUGGGUAUCAUGCUCGCGGACGAUAAUUACGACAACGCAGACGAGGGCUAUUUUGGCGUUUCGUCCAACAUCGCGCUCCUGAGGAGAAUCACUCAUACCUGUGUCCACGCCCGAACCCUGAACUCAACGAGCCCGGCUUCGUUGAGGAAUGUGGGUUUCGAUCACCAGCAGAGGCCGCCAUCGCGUCCGCCGCGAAGACUUUCCGGAGUCGUCUCGCACCAGCCUGCUGAGUGCAGGCCUGAAGGUUCCUUGAACGUCCACCACCUACCGAGUCUCGGCGAAGGCAUAGCUCUCAUCCGUCAGUUCUUCGGUACCGUGGGGUUGAUGAUUCCCUGUUUCCAUGAACCGCAGUUUGUGGAAUUGUUUCAGCAAGCUUCGUUGAAUGGAGCGAGCACUGUAAGCAAGACAAUGCUGGCAAUUCUCAACGUCAUGUUUGCCUUUGGGAACGCCGUAGCAACUACCUCAUCGCCACCCUACGAGUCUGCCCUUGCAGAAGAAUCCGACAUCUGCUACAGCCGGGCUAUAGCCUUGAUGGGAAAUGCUUUUGAUCCUUCAAGUCUCGAAACCGUCCAAUUGUCACUCAUCCUAUCCACCUACUUAAUGGGCACUCAGCGGUCUGUCAAAUCUUGGAGUUUCCACGCCCUCUCUGUGGGUGGUGCCAUCAAGCUCGGUCUCAAUUCGUGCAACGCAGGAAAGUCGCUUUCGCUGCUUGCACGGGAAAUGCGGAAACGAGUUUGGUUUUGGUGCGUCACAAAUGAUCGAUUUCUCAGUAUGUUGUUCGGUCGUUCCCCAUUAAUACAUCCAUCUCUCGUGAGCAUGCAAUUGCCAGUCGAUAUCAGCGCAGAAUAUCCUUCCAGCACUGUAUCCAGCCCAGUCAUGCGGUCCAUAGUAGAUCAUUAUAGCGCCAUCAUAGAAGUCUCUGCUCUGAUGGGUGAAGUAGUGGAAAAGCUAUACAACCAAAAUCUAGUGUUGGAACUGGCGAUCAGUACCGAGAAGUUGCUUGCAUCCAGGCUCGACUUGAUCUGGAGACUUGGGGACUGGCGCAACGCCCUACCUCAGGCAUUGAAACCCAUUACCUCUCACGACAUAAGUUGGAGAAGUGCGAACCCUGCCAUCGAUGAUCUGCGUCUCCGAAUUUUCCUAACGUUACGUUAUAAAUGCGUUCAAGUCCUGGUCAACCGAGCCGUUCUGUUCAAAUACCUGGACUACCAGCCCGAAUCCGACGUGGACAGUAGAGAACUUCAUCUGCUGCAAACUUCAGGCCAAUGCAGCUUACAAGCUUGCCAGGAGGACUGCAGAGAGCUGAUCAAACUUGUAGCAGCACUACUUAACCCCGCCAAAGAGUUUGAAGAUAUCACGUUGUUUGGCGCCUGGUACUUCAGCAGUUACCAUGUCUUCAACGCUGCCCUGGCGCUGCUUGGAAUCCUGCUCGUCUGUAGAACUGCCAAUUUUAGCGAUUUGCUCAUUCAGCGCGAGGCGAUGGAAAUUAGGAAAUCCCUGUACGAAGCAUCCGAAGUCCUAGGCAGUCUCCACAACGGCAAUCCUAUGAUUUUGCGAUGUGCCGAGUGUCUCCCAAGGUUGAUUCGGAUGUAUGAAUCUACUGGUAAGCCCCUAGUUCUACGCGCCAUGAAUCCUUUCGGCUAA